AUGGGUGUUCUUAGAGAAUAUUAUCAAAUUCAUGAGAGAUUAAGAUCUCAUACCAACAGUGUAAGACCUGCAUUUGGGGCCAAUAUUGCAACUCCAAGAAAUAUCCAUGAGAAGCUGUUAAAUAUAGUAUUUAAACUAUUGGAAUUUAUCACUAAUAUGCUCACUACUGAUGAAGACAAAGAUAAACAAAGUCAUAAAGAAAUAUUAAAUUCCAGGCUUUCCUCGGAUGCUCAGAGCAUCACAAUUCCUGAUGUUGAACACCUCUGGUUGGCCCUCCUCAGCAGAGGUCAGAGGAGCCAUGGGAACAGCACCACUGUCACUGAGUUUGUCCUACUAGGGCUCUCAGAUGCCUGUGAGCUGCAGAUGCUCAUCUUUCUGGGGUUCCUCUUGACCUACUUCCUCAUUCUGCUGGGGAACCUCCUCAUCGUGGUCAUCACCCUCAUAGACAGACGCCUCCACACUGCGAUGUACUAUUUCCUCCACAACUUUGCUAUCCUGGAGAUCUGGUUCACAUCUGUCAUCUUCCCCAAAAUGCUGACCAAUAUUCUGACAGGAUAUAAGGCUAUCUCCCUUAUGGGUUGUUUUCUUCAGUUUUUCUUUUAUUUCUUCCUUGGCAUCACAGAGUUCCUUCUACUGGCAGUGAUGUCUUUUGACAGGUAUGUGGCUAUCUGUAACCCUUUACGUUAUGCUAACAUCAUGAGCAAAAGGGUCUGUGUCCAGUUAGUCCUUUGUUCAUGGAUGGCAGGAUUCCUUCUCAUCAUUGUCCCAAGUUCAAUCAUAUUUCAGCAGCCAUUCUGUGGUCCCAAUAUCAUUAAUCACUUCUUCUGUGACAACUUUCCACUCCUGGAACUCAUAUGUGCAGACACAAGUCUGAUAGAGCUUCUUUGCUUUAUUGUGGUCAACUUCAGCUUACUGGGCACUCUGUCCAUGACAGCCACCUGCUAUAGCCACAUCCUCUAUACCAUCCUGCGCAUCCCCUCAGCCAAAGAGAGGCAGAAAGCCUUCUCAACCUGCUCCUCCCACAUCAUUGUCGUGUCUCUCUUCUAUGGAAGCUGUAUUUUCAUGUAUGUCCGGUCGGGUAAGGGCAGACAGGGGGAGGACAGGAGCAAGGUGGUGGCCCUGCUCAACACUGUGGUGACGCCCAUGCUCAAUCCCUUCAUCUACACUCUGAGGAACAAACAAGUGAAGCAGGUGUUUAGGGAGCAGGUGAGAAAGCUCUUCUCAUAA